CAACUUUGAUGUACUUCAUACUAUUACGCUUAAAAUCAGUCCCUCGACCUCGCAGCUGUGGACGGACAAUUUGGAAAUAAGAUUUUUUGGGAGAGACUCUCAAGAUGGGAUUGCAAGUUGACCUUGACCCAACCGCGAGGCAUAAUAUUACUACUACGGCACAACUUUAGAUCUCGUUGCACACGGCCACUUGUAUAAUAGCUAUACGGCGCCCAGCCCACGUCCGAGUCAUGGGGGAAAUUUUGCACGGCAAUUCUGUGACCAUACGCGACUUUGCAUCUCAAAUCAAGCUCGAAUCUCCAGUUGCAAAUGAUUCCUUUGGUCAGGUUUAUCGAUGUGUCAUCAAUGAGGGCAAAACGAAGGUUGCAGUCAAGGUAUUCGUGAUUCAUCCUAAGAGGUGUUUGGAAGAACUUGAGGAAGCCUUGCACCGGGAACUCAUGGUGUGGCUUAAGCUAAGUAAAUCGACUUAUAUCGUGCCACUACUCGGCAUCGCAAAAUUCGAUUAUCCGUUGUCGGCUCUCGUUUCGGAAUGGAUGCCUUCGGGGACGUUACAUGAAUACCUCCAGGACAAAGCCGCAAUCCUCACUGCUUCUACUAGAGUUGAAUUGAUCAAGGGCGUUGCUCGUGGCGUCAAAUAUCUUCGCUCGGAGAAUGUGGUUCAUGGAGACCUUCAUCCCGGAAAUGUGUUGAUCGAUGCCUCAGGGAAUCCACGUCUCACAGGUUUCGGUCUUGCUACCGUUGUAGGGGACCAAGAGUUGCAGUGGACCACGACGACCGAGGCACUUGAGUUCAUUUCUCGAUGGCGUGCGCCUGAAGUCAUUGGAAUCGAGUGUGGGCCUGAACGACCGACUUUCGAGAGUGACAUCUAUUCCCUUGGCAGCGUCAUUUUCUUUAUCAUCUCAGGGGACAUACCAUGGAAAGAGAAAAAAAAUCCACAUCAAAUCUCCAUUGAGCUGUCAUGCAAAGCCACCCCCACGCGUUCCAAGAACAUCCCUAAUGGUCUUUGGAACUUGAUUCAACAAUGCUGGUCAUGGGAGCCGGGGCAUCGCCCAGAGGCUGAAAAAGUUCUUGAUUAUUUCAAUCCGUCUGCAAUCGAAGCCUCGCAGGUUCGGCAACCUAAGUAACUCAUUCGGUGACAAAUCUUGAUACAUUCAAUUUCAGGCGUCUAUUUCGAAUAAACCAAUGGAUUUGACGGGUCAGAUUAUUUCGAAAAUCGACGGCUAUUUCGCCGGAGGUGCCUUUGCAAACGUUUUCAAAUGUGAAUGCAAACAACCAACGGGGCGUAUCAAGGUUCGGCUAAUGCUGGCGUGACGUGUGGGUGUUGACUAUCUUGACCGCAGGUUGCUGUGAAAGUGAUCAAG